AAAAAAAAACCUACAGAAAAUACACAUUUCGUAUAACAGGAAUUACACAACGUACAAAACUUCACCUUAACCAAAAGGAACUAGAAACGUGCUAGACGUUAAAAUUAACUCACCACGAUAUUUACGUUUGUGUGUUUCAUUUUGGAUGUACUACUGAAUCGUGGAUACAAUACUUCAACGCUUGGUCUGAAUUUUGAAAAAAAUAAAUAAAUUAAAAUCAGAUACAAAAAUUUACAAACAAAACUCCAACAUUGAUCCACAACAAGGCAAUGCCGUAGCCAAGACCGCCCUAUGACCUCUACUGGGUAUGCUGAAAUCAUAUUAAAAACCUUAUCUGGAUCCUUGUAUCAGUUUUCUAAAAAUAAAAUUCAUCCCUUCACUGCGGACUAGGCUCAGCAUGGUGUACGGGUCAGAGUUCAGGGGGAGUUUCGCUUCUCGGUAACGGGCUAUACGAACACAAGGGAGACAACCUAAAGACGCUGCCAUGAGGUUAUCGGUGUUAACUUCCCUUUUAAUGCUGCUCAAGGUCACGGAGGGCGGGAAAAAAAGCCUGAUACCCCAUGAGCACCCCCUGUCCAAGGAGGACAAGCUGAUCAAAACACUGAUGCAGAGGUACAGGAGGAGGGGCACCUACGCCCGCCCCGUCAAAAACUACAACGACAGCAUCCUCGUCUCUUACAACAUGCAGCUCAUACAGAUCAUGGACCUGGAGGAGAAGAAUCAAGUGCUCACCCUCAACGUCUGGGACCGAUACGUUUGGACUGACUUCCAUCUGACAUGGGACCCAGAGGAGGAAGGAGGCGUAGAAAAAAUUAGAAUUCCUUCCGAAAACAUCUGGUUACCGGAUAUAAAACUUUACAAUUACGCUGACGAGCGGUUGGCAGAAAGAAGAGAAGCCAGGUGUAUAGUAGAUUACAAUGGGACCGUUCUAUGGAUGCCUCAAGCAAUCUACAAGAGUUCGUGUGAAAUUGACGUUGAGACUUUCCCUUUCGAUCAACAAAUAUGCAACCUGAAGUUCGGCUCCUGGACUUACAAUGGUAACCUGAUCAAUCUCAUGCUUUUGUCAGUAAACGGAACACCUGUAGAAUUUGGCAAGAUCGAUAUGACCGAAUUUGUGGAAAGCAAUUCCUGGAAGAUCCUUAACUACCCAGCUAAAAGGAACGAACAAUUCUACUCUUGCUGUCCCGGAGAGCCAUACCUGGACUUAACUUUCACCAUAGUAUUUGUGAGAAGAUCAGCCUUCUAUAACAACAUUCUGAUUCUGCCUUGCAUUUUACUGACUUCCCUGACUCUGGUUUUGUUUUGGAUACCCCCAGAGUCACCAGCAAAAAUGAUGUUAGGUAUCAACAUUUUUGUAGCAUUUUUCCUUUUGUUGUUACUGAUGGAAGCAAACUUACCGCCAGCUGCAGCCAAAGUGCCUCUCUUAGGGAUCUACUAUUGCACGAAUAUGAUCCUCAUCACUUUAUCAUGUUUUCUCAACAUUUUGGUUGUACAUUUUUCAUUUUAUGGCGCCAGGCGGUCACUUCCCCAUUGCCUGAGAAUGGUGAUGUUUGAAUUCUUCGCCAAGGUUCUCUGCAUGGACAACCUUGUAAGCCAAUUCCGUGAUAAGACAAUUACAGAGUUGACCUCCCGUUUAGUAGGGGACAGGGUCCCAUUCCUCGGCAUGCCCCUCAAUGGUGACAAAAGCAGUAAAUGGGUAAGAGGUGGGGACACCAUAUCAUCGACAGCAGAACAGCCUCAAAUCAGCGCCCCACCACAAAUCGAAAACGAACAGCAAACUCUCCAGCUGAAAGUAAUAAACCACCACAUGACAGAACUCAUGGACUUUCUGAAAAUCUACAAGGCUCGGCUGACCAACAAGGAUAAAAAAGAUCGUGUAGCGCAGGAGUGGAAGGCGCUCAGCUUGAUAUUUGAUCGCAUAUUUUUCUUCUUGUACCUAACUACUAUCAUCACCUCCCUGUGUGUUUUCAUGCCGAUGAUAAUGAAACCGGAAGAACCAGCACAAAAUCAAACAAGUGAGAACUGAGUUCUUUUAAUUUCCAAAAUGUAUUUAUUUAUUAUAAAUAUUAGGUAAGUUUGUUAAAGAAAAAUAAAUUUUUGUAUUCUUUAAUGAUUUUGAAUUUAUCGUACGAAAUUGUUAUUUUCAAACUCUCAUGUAGCUGGCAUUCAUGUAAUGUUUCAUUUCUCUUCAUUAUCAUUAACAUUUAAAUUGAUUUGUGAGAAAUUCUCAGUAGGCCUUCAUGAAAACAAACAUAGCAUUUAUUUGCUUGAUUGAUGUGUUCUUAUUCAUCAGCUUCCUUAAUAAAAACUCUUGCGUGUAAAACUAUUCUGUUUACCAUUAGUAGCCUACAUCAUGCAUUGCCAGAAUGUAUGAAGCUACUAGUUUGAUCUUGCUGGGGGAACGGGGUCACAGUGUCAUAAUUCUCACCACUAUAGCAUGUCACCAUGGUGAUGUAAACAUUGAAUAAAUAUGGUAAUGAAUAUUUAGGCCCGCAUUUCAAUGAUUUGGCCUAUUAUUAAUUACAUGACUUUUUUUUACUAAAUUAAAACAAAAAAAUACAAUUUCUAGUUAGCUCUAAAACAAAUGUUUAGAUAAAUUUAGACAUUUUUUUUUCUGUAACAUCUCGUUAUUAGAUCACACCAAAUAUGAUAAGGAUGAGUACUUUCUCCUGAUGUGAAAUAAUAAAAAAACAAA